UAUGUCAAUUGAUGUCAACGAACUUGAAUACAAAAGAUCGUUUUUAUUUUCAAGUUGGCGAAGUUUUAACGAGUUUUCAGUGAUUUGGUUUAAAUUGUAACUUGCUAUUUAAAUUCAAUUUAUAACUGUCUUAACGGACGCAGCCGCAUCAUUAAAUAGUAGCUCCCAUAAGGAUAUUUCAUACAAUUUGUUCAUCAUCAGUGAGAACUAGACGUACAAAGGAUUUAUCUUAUAAUAUUUUCAUUGGGCCUUCGACUGUUUUUUUUGAACGAAUAUGGAUGUUGAAACCAAAUUGCAUAGGCGGGGAGCACCAGUGAAGAAACCCGUUGGGAAGCCACGGACUAAACAACCAAAGAAAGUCAAAUUCAUCACUACCGAAAUUCGCUGCCAAGAGAUGUCGAAGGGAGGUCUUGCGUACGAAGUGAUACUCGCCGAACCGGUGGGUGUCCCAGUACCACGCCGGGCUGACUCUCCCGAGAAGACACCAUCAGUUGAGGAGAUCCAAGAGAAACUGAAGGCUGCUGAGGAGAGAAGACGCAAUCUAGAAGCAAGCAAGAUGGCUGUAAUCGCUCAAAAGAUGGCAAAGAUUGAGGAAGCGUCGAAGAUCCGUAGCGAACAGACGAAUAGUUUCAUUUCCGCAACGAAAGAGGCCCUGGACGCGAAGAUGGACUCGCAUGAAGAGAAACGUGAGGCCUACAUCAACGAAUUGCGUGCAAGGCUGAAGGAUCACCUUGAGGGUGUCGAGAAGACCAGGCUGACUCUGGAGCAACAGACUUCUGAAGUGUACAAGGCGAUCGAAGAUAAGAUGACCACGGCAGCUGACAAGCGUGACGAGAACAUUAAGAAGAUGCUUGAGCGCCUUCGUGAACAUGAGGAGCAAGUACGUAAAGUACGUGCUGGAAACCAAGAGCGUUUCCAGCAGCUCGAAAGCGCGAUCCAGGAUAAGCUUCAGCAGGCUGCCGACAGGCGUCUUCAGCUUGAAGCCGAGCAAAAAGAGAAGCUGCGCAACCACAACAAUAAACCGGCCGAAGUACGAUCGGUGCUGUCUGCGAAGGUUGAGGAAAUAACAAAGGAUAUAGAAACCAAAUUGACGGCCGCCGAACUCAACCGGGAGAGGGAGAUGCAGAGGAAACUCGAUUUUGUUAAGAAGGAGGAGCGACGUGCUGAGAUGGUUCGGCAGAACAAAUCUGCGCGCGCUGAGAGCGAGGCUCCAACCAACUAAACGCAAUUAGUCGCACACGCCGCGACCAGUCACAUUGCAGUCGCAGCUACGAUUCACAUGACACGCCAAGUCAAACCGGAUAUUGCGAAAGCCAUUUAUUAAAUUCACAAGUUACCGCUAGAAAGUCAAUUCAAUUUUUUACUUGAACAUACUUGUAAACUUAAGAAAGUCAUGAUGUAAAGUACCAGAAAUUUCUAGCAAAAACGCGUACACUCUAAAUAAUUCCAACCAUCUAAGUUACCAUGAAAUUUAAUCAAUAAUUCCAGUACGGCGACUGGUAACACCUUGCGGCGUGGGACUAGAAAAUAGCAACAUCGGUAUUGCAUCAAGUACCCUCGUUAACUCGCUUUAUGUUUUCGAAGUUUAUUUAGGAACUUUCACAUGGCAACUGCUGACACAGGCCUAUAAAAUAAAAUUAUAUACAAAUAUUAGAUGUGUCAUAUUGGUGCGUUAGUAAAAUGCGUUGCAAAGGAUGGAACGGAUGAAGGCGUAUUUUAAGAACGAGUAUUGUAUUCGAAGUUGUCUUCAUAUUAUUCGAAUACUAAAAGCUGGUAGGGUUCUUAGUACAAGAUAACUAACGCUAGUAAUACGGAACCCGUUGCUUAGCGAGUGUGAACGAGGAGGAAUUUUCUAGUAAUAGUUAAUAAACUUAUAUCAUUAUUUUUAAUUGUACGCAGCAGUAUUGUUAGGAAGAUUAAAUAAAUUUAAGUUUAUUGUCUUUGACGAUUGAGUGAUUGGGCAGCUGUCGAACUUGACAAUGACACAUCAGUGUUGCCCGAUUAUAAUUUCCCAAACACUCAUUUGCCUUUGGGUCACUUUUACACUGUCACUCUAUAGACUGUAAUAAAAAUAUUUUGUAUAGGAACGGAUUUGGGGUAUGUCGGAUUGGUAAGCCCGGUUAAUGCGUUUAAUGGUUCAUUAAUCAGCAAGCUUAUUUUAUAAAACUUACGUCUCCUACUAAAUACUUACAAAAUUAUAGAAAGAAAUGAGCAUGGAUUCCUAUGAAUUUAUUAUUUAUAUUUUAGAAGGUUUUUCAUUUUAGGUAGGAAAUUCAUUUUUAGGAAUUUGGUUCCAUUUUUAUUAUUUAUUUAAGAUAAUGCAAAAAUACAGCGAUCGAUACAUAAUUUUGGCACUCUUAAAGGGGUUUUUAUUUGAAAUGUUAUGAAUAUGCUUUAAUUUCUAUAAGGCUAAAUUUAAGUGUAGACUAUGAUCUCAAGCACAAUGUGAAAGCAAAGUGCCUCGGUAUCGCUAACGUGAGCUGCCUUUAUAUUUUCUUAACGCCGGGCCGGUAUGUAUGGUUUGGACAACAGCUUCUGUGAUGUAUCGCUGUAGGAUAGAAUGGAUAAGGCACAAAUUAUAUCGGUAACCAUAUCUAGUGUCGAUUGAUCGGUGUGGGUAUUUCGAAAUUACGCGGGUCGGAAGAUAUUAUAUAUUUUUGCCAUUCGUUUCGAUGUAUUUGUAUAUAAUAAGGCGGUAGAGCUUGGGCGGGGCGGUCGCUUGCCAGCUUCCACUCAUAUUACUAACGCUGUUCAAGUAAGGUUAGGUGUAAGUCAGCUUGUUCUCGGGACACGUGACCUUUGACCAAUUUGCCUUGGAUAUUGUGUAGCAUUUUAGACUCGAGAGAUCGGGACAAAUCAUGUAUAGCAAUGCUUAAAUGUUAUUGAUUUUAAUUUUAGUAAUUAGUCCCUCUUAUUAUACGUUUCUUUUUUUAUGUAAUAAUUAUAUGCUUCAGUUCGUGAGGUAUUUGAAAUUGCUGUUUGAAAUGCAAGCAACUUUUGUAGUUUCAUUGUCGUAUUGAAUAAAGUCAUAAAUACUAACAA